AUGUCAGAUGAAAUGCCGGGUGAUCAGGGUUUGUUUGGCAAGGCUGGUAAGGACCGCCUUCCUCAGACCGCGGACACGCCCAGCCAACCGGCAGAUCUACCACAGAAGAAAUUUCCGACAGCUAUAAUUGUCGGAGUAAAGAAGGCUGGCACCAGAGCUUUGCUGGAAUUCCUACGAUUAAAUCCUCGUAUUCGAGCUCCAGGACCGGAAGUGCACUUCUUCGAUAAGAACUAUCACAAGGGACUAGACUGGUAUAGGGAAAAAAUGCCUCUGACAUCCCGAGACCAGCUCACAAUAGAAAAGAGCCCAGCCUACUUCCACAGUAAGACUGCGGCAGAGCGAAUACGUGCCUUGAAUCCAAACAUGAAAAUCAUCAUAGUGGUGCGAGAUCCUGUAAUGAGAGCUAUAUCAGAUUAUACACAAGCUUCCUCAAAGCGGAAAGCUUUUGGUAUGAUGCCAACAUUUGAGGAGAUGGCCGUUGGUGAUUGUGCACCAUGGCUGAAAACAAACUGCUCGGCGAAAGUUGGAGGAGUCAACGUCGGUUGGGGUGCAAUACGGAUAGGAGUCUACCACAAGCACAUGAAAAGAUGGCUGGAUAACUUCCCUCUAGGGCUGAUUCACAUUGUGGAUGGGGAGCGAUUAGUCACACAGCCUGCCUUGGAAGUCAGCCGAACAGAACGGUUUCUUGGACUGGAGCCAGUCGUGAAGCCGGAAAACUUCGGUGUCGACCCAAUUAAGAAGUUUCCAUGCGUUCGGCGAUCCGAUGGCUCCUUACAUUGCUUGGGCAAAACGAAAGGAAGGAGACACCCCGCGGUUCGACAGGAAGUCCUUCGAAGGCUGAAGCGAUUCUACGACGGCGAGAAUCGGAAAUUCUUCCAACAGAUUAAUCGAUCAUUUGCAUGGUAG